UCGCGCUUUUGAGGAGCUCCCGAUCGCUGGAGAUAUUUCGCAUGGUUCUAAUGGUUGCUUCCACUUCCUUGCUGCCUCUCAGGCCAGCUCUCUCCUCCUAUUCGAACCCUAAUGGACGAAAGCCUAGCGAAUCCCGCAUCUUCUUUUCAGUUGCUUUGAAGCCCUCUUUGCUGAUGCUCCAAGCUCCUCCCUGUGGCUUUUCCGCCAUGGUGUUCGCUCGCCGGAGUAAAACCAGCUCCAGAACAUUUGAAACGGAAUGUUCUAAGUCGAAGGCAAAAGUGGAAGUUGAUGAAGGCGAUGGUGAUGGUGAAGAAGGUGAACUUGAUGAAGAUGCUUUUGAGGCUCUUUUCAGCCAACUGGAAGAAGAUUUAAAGAAUGAUGGCAUGUUGGAUGAUGACUUUGAUGAUGAGAUCACUGAAGAAGAUCUUGCUAAGCUUGAAAAGGAGUUCGCAGAUGCACUUGGUAUUGGUGGUGGUGAUGAUGAUGAUGAUGAUGCAUCCUCAGAGGUUUCACCUACUGAUGCAGACAGAAUGGAUGAGCAGGAGGAAGAAGAAACAAGGCCAAAGCUUAAAAAUUGGCAAGUUAGGAGACUGGCUCAUGCUUUGAAAAUUGGACGCCGUAAAACCAGUAUAAAGAAUCUUUCAGCCGAGCUUGGGCUGGACAGAGCCUUUGUACUUGAAUUGCUUCGUGACCCCCCUGCAAAUAUUCUACUCGUGUCUUCCUCUUUACCAGAUAAAAUCACAGAGACACAAAAUGAACCUGAGCCUGAGCCUGAAAUUAAAAUGGAAACUGUAGAGGUUUCACCAGCUGCAGAAAUGCAUGUUGCAAAGAGGGAACCUGAGAUAAAGGAGCCAGUUCAUGUCAUGCAGACAAGAUGGUUCAUGCAGAAGAGACUGAAGAAAGUGCAAGUUGAAACCCUUGAAAGGGUUUAUUUAAGAACAAAGCGCCCCACGAACUCAAUGAUCAAUAGCAUUGUACAUAUGACAAAUCUGCCUUGGAAAAGGGUGGUCAAAUGGUUUGAGGACAAGAGGCUCCAGGAUGGAAUCCCUGAGCAGCGUGUUCCCUAUCGGCGUUCCCGCGCAUGACACCAUCUCUGCCAGAUGAUUGUAUGAUUGCAGUUGAUAUUCUCAUCAAAAUCAUCUAUUUGAGGAUCAAUGAUCAAUAGUCAGUUUCUGCAAGGGCCACACUGCCGCACUAGUUUGUGUGCCGAAAAAUUGCUUGAGAAAUCCAUGACAUAUCUUCUACUAACUCUGUUGUUCAAGGAGCCUGUUUGUGAGGUACAAGGUUAACUUUCUUUUUCUCUUUUGUUUGCAUGGUGUUUCAGCAUGUUUUAAAAAUUCUGUAACCUCAUUUGUUCCAUAAUUAGAUUUUAACCCAAAAAAAAGCAAUGGUAUCUCUAACACUUGGCUCUUCAUUCUCUUUCCAGUUUGUUCUAACAUUUUAUGUAUCAAUCAAGCAAGCAUAAACUGGUGGUUUCUAAUGCAGUAAUGUUAAACAGAA